UUCGCCCUCCGCCACCCUCAGGCCACCCCUUCUGCCUUCACAAAUCUUCUUCCUCUCGUCCCUAGUUGAGUAGAGGCACUGCAGAGCACACAGCUCUUUGGUUGUUUGGGAAGUGCAGCCCCAUGCCUCCUCCUCCUCCUCCUCCUCCUCUCCUCCGGAUGCCUCACUUCAGCUAGCUAGCUAGCUAAGUUCCUUCCUGCUUGUUUCGUGUUCAUCCGCCAAUCUCCGUGCCAUGUCGCUCACGGAGGUCAGCCUCCACUUCUGCUACCUCCACUCCCUCUCCAUCGUGCUUCUCUACUUCUUCUACGUCAUCUCCUGAAUCGGCCGCCUCUCGCCAAGUUCCGAUCGAACAAAGCUAAGCUUUGGUUUGAUUCAGAGCCGAAGCUUUGUUCGUUCCAAACAAAAAAUUACUACUAUUGAUUACUCCUCCAUGCUUGUUCCUCUUCGUUCUUCCAUGAUGACCCGUUCACGUUCAUCUCCCGGGCCUCUCUUGCUUUGCUGCUAAGUUCCGUGCCUCUCCUAGCGCGCGCGUACUCCUACACUCAGAUCGAUCAUUCGACUAGGAGCAGUGCGCGCUUUUUGGCAGUGUUUGAAGCAGUUAAGUACGUGCUUCCCUUCUGAAAGUAGUAGCUAGGAUGGUUCCACCGGCGGGCGGCCAGGGAGCGCGCGGCGCCGCGGUGACCACGGAUGAGGAGCGGCGGCGCAACCGCAUGACCUCUAACCGGCUGUCGGCGCGCAAGUCCCGCAUGAAGCGGCAGCAGCACGUCGACGACCUGACCGCGGAGAACGAGCGCCUGCGGCGCGAGAACGAGGCGAUGCGCGCCAGCGUCGGCGACGUCCUGACGCAGAGCCGCGCGCUGGAGCAGGAGAACCGGGUGCUCGCCGCGCACGCGCGCCAGCUGUGCGCCGCGCUCCUACUGCGGAACUCCCAGCUCCGCCUGCUCGGCGACGUGGCCGGCGUACCCCUCGACGUGCCGGGCGUGCCCGACCACCUCGUGCAGCUCUACGGCGGCGUGCAGAUGCCAGUCACCCCGCUCUCGCCGUCAGUCACGCCGCUCUCGCCGUCGCCGCCGCCACCGCCACUGCAACUGCAGUUGCCGCUCGAGAUCCAGCUGAUGCUGCUCCAGCCCGACGUCAUGGACGCCGUUGGUAUGCUCGAGUUCUGAGGUCUGAGGCUCUGAGUCCAUCAACUAGAUAUUGUUAUCUUGUGAAGUCUGUUAUAUAUGUCGUUGGUGUGCAGUGUGCUGUUAUGCUUUGUUUGCCGUAUGUACCCUGUGUUGUACUGCUGUAUCAGGUAUCAUGUAUGCUUGUCAUGUGAACAACAUAGAACCUACUUAAGUGUGAUGUGUUAAUGUCGCCGGUAAAGAAUGUGCAUGCAGAAAGCUCGAGAGUGAAGUAUAUACUGUAUUAGCUUUGUCUUGGAAUAAAUAAACCAACUUUUAGAACCA